AUGACGCUCAGGUUAGCUAACCUGGAGAACACACGAAAAGUGCUGCUUAGAUACUUCCGCGUAACAGUCACUGUAACUCUCCUGGUUGGUAUUUGAGACGACCUGGUCAGGGUCGACUAUGCAAUGUUUUGCUUACCUCUGCCUCCGUUACCUACACGGGCUGAUGUCUUCUCUCUUGUCUUGAUGCAGCCUCCUAAUGAUGGGUCCCAAGUAAUUCCAUCAGUGGCGGCCUUCCAAGUGACAACUGCUGCUCGGAAGAAGUCCGUGACCCGCUACCCGGCUUCUCUGAAGAAGACGCACCGAGGCCCUGCAAAGAGUAAUCCUAGCUCAGAUGACAGUCUAUCAUGUAUUUUCAGGAAGGCUGUUCCCUAG